GUCGCUUGAAUAAAUGUACGAGUUCCUGCACACCCGCGAAGUUGGGCAUUUAUUUUUGGUAAUCGCAGAGCUCUGCUGGCGACUGGACGUCGGGAUUCGAUACCAUACGAUACGAUACGAUCGGAAUUGAGAGCCUCUAACAGGGUAAGCGGAAAACACAAAAAAAAAAAAAAACGCUCAUAAGUAAAGGCCAAGAAGAGAAGUAAGGCAACAGAAAGAGCCGCAGGAAAGUGAGAGCGAACGGAAAUCGAAAGUGAUGUCGGCCAUCGAGUCGGAAAUUGGCGGCACAGGUUGGUGGCCCUCGGCGGAGGUGCUGACUGCCUUCCUGGUGCCCGGCGUCCUCGUCCUGGUGGUUCUCUACCUGUGCGAGCACCAGUACGACGAUAUCCUGGGCGUUCCGCCGCCGGGACCCUGGGGCUUGCCCUGGCUGGGUUACCUUCCCUUCCUGGACGCGCGUGCCCCGCACAAAUCGCUCCAGAAGUUGGCCAAGCGAUAUGGCGGCGUUUUCCAACUGAAGAUGGGCAGUGUGCGGACCAUUAUCCUUUCGGACGCGGCGAUGGUCAGGGAGUUCUUCCGCCGCGAGGUCAUGACCGGCCGGGCUCCACUGUACCUCACCCACGGCAUCAUGGGUGGCUAUGGAAUCAUUUGUGCCCAGGGCGACAUUUGGCAUCAUGCCCGGCGAGAGGUGACCGCCUGGCUGAAGGCCUUGGGAAUGACCAAGCGACCCGGGCAGCUGCGUGCCCAGUUGGAGAAGCGCAUCUCCAGGGGAGUGGACGAGUGCCUCCGACUCUACGAAUCGGAGGCGGCGAAGAACUGCAACGCGGAGGUGAACCCCCUGGGAGCGCUGCACCACUCGCUGGGCAACAUAGUCAACGACCUGGUGUUCGGGAUCACCUACAAGAGGGACGACCCCGACUGGCUGUACCUGCAGCGCCUCCAGGAGGAGGGCGUCAAGCUGAUCGGCGUCUCCGGCGUGGUGAACUUCCUGCCCUGGCUGCGCCACUUGCCCGAGAACGAGCGCAACAUCCGCUUCCUGCUGGAGGGGAAGUCCAAGACGCACGCCAUCUACGAUCGGAUUGUGGAGGCGUGUGGCAGGAAGCUGCAGGAGAAGCUCAGGCUGCACAAGGAGCAGCAGGAGCUGGUCAGGCAGGAGAGGCUGAAGCUGAAGGAGAUGGAGAAGGAGCAGAAAAAGAAGCUGGCGGAGGAUCAGCAGGAAGUUAGAGAGGAGGAGAAAGAUCCCCAAGAUCUUCAGGAACAGAAGGCGCAGGAGGAGGAGGAGGAAAGUGAGGAGGAGUACGAGGAGCAGUACCAGCCGCAUUGCAUCCUGGAACAGUUCCUCAUCGCUCGCCAUCCGGACUCGCAGCUCUAUUGCGACGAUCAGCUGCGUCACCUGCUGGCCGAUCUCUUUGGAGCAGGAGUGGACACCUCGUUGGCCACCUUGCGCUGGUUCCUCCUCUACUUGGCCAAGGAGCAGCGAUGCCAGCGUCGCCUGCACGAGGAGCUGCUCCCGUUGAGUGGAGCACCCACAUUGGAGGAACUGGAACCACUCACCUACCUGAGGGCCUGCAUUUCGGAGACACAACGCAUUCGCAGUGUGGUUCCAUUGGGGAUUCCCCAUGGCAGCAAGCAGAACUGCACCAUCGGCGAUCACUUCAUCAAGAAGGGCUCCAUGAUCGUGGCUCUGCAGUGGGCCAUCCACAUGGAUCCGGUGGCCUUCCCCGAACCGGAGGAGUUCCGACCGGAGCGCUUUCUGGCCCCCGAUGGAUCCUACUUGGCGCCGCCGCAGUUCAUCCCCUUCUCCUCCGGCAGUCGAAUGUGUCCCGGCGACGAGAUGGCCCGCAUGAUGCUCACCCUCUUCGCGGGCAGGAUCUUCAGGCGAUUCCACCUGGAGCUGCCGCAGGGAUGCGACGUGGACAUGGAGGGCGAGAGCGGCAUCACCUUGACCCCCGUGCCCCACAAGCUCAGGUUCAGCAAGCUGCCGGGGAAGAGGAUUCGCCAGGAGCCGGAAGGCGCUGCGGGAUUAGCUAAAUAGCCUCCUUUUCUAUUCCAAUUUUUUUUUACUUCCUCAAAACCCACAUUAUAAACUAUAUUAUAACCCUUUGCGUAUGGAA